GUGAGGUGGCCUAGGGCUGAGGCCAGGAACUAGGCAGGUCCCAGUGUUUGAAUGGGACAGACCCGGGGAUGUCUCUUCUACCAGCCUCUGACCACCCUCCAACCUUUUUCUAGUCCCAGCUUUCAGAGUCAUCUUCUUGGCCACCCUCUGCCUCUGGGAGCAGCCAAUGUCCUAUUUUGAACUUAGCUCCUUAUUACAGGUCAACAAUGAGCUGCCACAUUCGUCAAAAUUAUUCCACUGAGGUGGAGACCGCCAUCAAUUGCCUAGUCAACAUGCAUCUAUGGGCCUCCUACACCUACCUCUCUCUGGGCUUCUAUUUCAACCGUGAGGAUGUGGCUCUGGAAGGCAUGAGCCACUUCUUCUACAAGGUGGCUAAGGAGAAGCACAAGGGUGCUGAGCAUCUCUUGAAGAUGCAAAACCAACGCGGCGGCCACGCCCUCUUCCAGGACAUGAGGAAGCCAUCCCAAGAUGAGUGGGGUAAAACCCAGGAUGCCGUGGAAGCUGCCCUGGUUCUGGAGAAGAACCUGAACCAGGCCCUUUUGAAUCUGCAUACACUGGGUUCUGCCUGCGCAGACACCCAUCUCUGUGACUUCUUGGAGAACCAUUUCCUAUAUGAGGAGGUGAAACUCAUCAAGAAGAUGGCUAACCACCUGACUAACCUCUCCAGGCUGGCUGGCUCUCAGGCUGGGCUGGGCGAAUAUCUCUUCGAAAGGCUCACCCUCAAGCAGGAAGAGGAGCCUCUGGAGCCCAGCAGCCUUUGAGGGGCCCCUUUGGCAUCCCUUUGGCUCCAGGGCUUAUGCCUGAGCCUCUCCCUGCAGCACUGGGCAGCUUUGUAACCACCCUGGAGCCCUCCCCCAAGCUGUGGACCAAAAGGAAACAAUAAAGCGUUUUGCAGCAGCUGGUGAAA